AUGAUCCCAGUUCGUGAUGAUCCGUAUGGUCGGCAGCCACUGCGUGUCGCUAAUCCCGAGGACGAGCAAGGUGACGAGAUGGUUUACUAUGAUGAAGGACCUAGCUGCGAUGAAGAAUUUGGAGACCCGCAAGAGCCGCAAGACGACGACCGUUAUGUUCUGGAAGCCCUAAUAAACCAGCAAUCGAAAGCAACCUUCACACUCAUUAAUAAAAUGAGAACAGAGUUUCUUGAAAACAUGAAGCUAAUGAGAACUGAGUCUUCUGAAAGCAUGAAGCAGACGAGAACAGAGCUUUUAGAAGCCUUGAAGCAAAUCAGAACAGAUGGUCAGACCAACCUUCAUACACAGGGAGCCACAGGCGGAGGCGCUCCUUUCCAGAUGGGAUUGGACUCUACCGUGGACCCUUCCAAUCUGAUGAGCAAUACCAGAGGAACUGAAAAUAACGGCUCGUAA